CUCGAAGCAACUCGAGGCCGUCGGGAGCCGUAGGGAAGUCGAGAGUAGGGGGGCCUGACGGAGGAGGAUGGGAAUGUCAUGGCGGCGAUUGCUGGCGGCAGGGGUAGGUAGGUAGUUAGGUAGGUAGAGAUAGGUAUAGGCAGCUGUGAAAGACGCUGGAAACACCGAGGCAGGGCCAGGUAUGGCGCGAUGAGGUGACGUGAUGGACGCUUCGCGAAACAAUCGAUUAAACGCCGCAGCAGCGACUUGCCUCUCUCGACGCGGAGAAAGCGAGAAGGCGCGAAUGUGAGGAGCAACAAGCAAUCGGACCCGAGUGUAUUUCGGCGUCAUGUGUCUGAAGAAGAGCGCGUCAGUGUUGUUGUUCGCAAUCGUCGUCGUCGAGUGGAGCACGGGGAAUGCGGCGCUCGCAGCCGCGGACGCGGAGACGCGAUCCGUCGAUGUCGGUGAGACGAUAAAGAUCGGCAAAUGCUGCGAGCCCGAGGAGUUACUAAUGGACGAACAGUGCACUCCGCUGGCGGAGACGAACGAGACAAAGUGGCGGCCGGAAUUCGUGGCGGAGCGAGAUCCGACGACGGGAAGGGUGCGGAAACUGAUCGAGCCCAAGUACGAGCUGAAGAUCGGACGGCCCAAAUGCGAUCCCAACGAGCAUCAGCGGAACGUGUAUUAUUAUCCGUCCGGAUCGGAUCGCCUGGCGAUUCUGCCGACCGGUGUGUUGCGUCACAUCAUCGACCUGAGCAAGGCCACGGACGAGAACCGCGGCGUUUCCGAUUUUGACAUUGAGAUCGACGACGACGAAGAGCACGUCAUACAUUACGAUUACCAGUUCGGUCAUUACUGCGCCGACAAGACGAUUCUCACCGGGGAUCAGUUGGUGGCGACGUACGCCAUGCUAUGCGUGCCGGACGUCACCGUGCACUGGACCGACACCAAUUAUCUGAUGACACGCGCGAUCGAUCCCACCUUCCACGCGAUAUCGAUAGCCUGUUACCAGAUAGUCGCGGUGGUCUACUUCGUGUUGCCACAACUACGGGACCUCGUCGGCAAUAUCAUCACCAGCAUGACUCUCUGCCUGGUGGUAAAUCGAUGCGCCUCAACCGUCAGGAUAUUCACAGAAUUCGGCAGUCACUUCAGCUUUAUGAUUGCCGACAUAAUCAUGUACGUCUCCCUGAUGGCCGCCUUCUUCUGGCUGAGCGCUCUGGGCUAUUACGUGUGGAACACGUUCAAGUCGCGCAACGUUUUUCUGCGGGUGACCGACGGCAAGAAGUACUGCUACUACUCGUCCUGGGUUUGGAGCCUGACCGUCUGCAUAGCCGGCACCGCGAUCUUCGCGCACUUCGCCCUCGAGACGAACAAACCCGUCGUGGGCGGGACGAGGUAUCCCGCUCAGGAAACGCUCGGCUGGCUCGGCGUGUCGGUGAUGUUCAUGUGCAUCAUGUUCACCAUCGUGAUCGAUCUGUGUCUGGCGGUAACGACCGCGAACAGAAUCAAACGUAUGAGCACGUACGGCCGGAUUCAUCACAAGAUGAAGUACAGCUUUCGCAUGUUCUUCUUUCUGUGCGGUAUCAUGACCAUCGGUCUGCUCUCGUUGCUGCUUUCGCGCAUGCAAUACGACGCUCUCUUGUACUGCCAUAUCGUCGUGAAUCUGCUCCAGGCGUUGCUCGUGCUCUACGUGUGCGUGUUCGGUCAGCGCAGAGUCACGUUUCUUCUCGGUAAAACGUGCAACUGCUGCGACUCGGGCGACAACGUCGAGGGUCUCGAAUGGGGCGAGGAAAUGACGGCCAUCAACGCGGGUUACUAAGAUCCCUCAGAUCUUGCGAUUCGAAUAAUCGAGAUCUCUCGAACAAAUAUUUUGCGACGACCGGAGAGUAAUUCAGAGUUUUUAUAUUUAAAUUACGCAAACGGAAUACGUUUUAAAACAAACGCACGUUUUACACAAAAAAAAAAAAAAAAA